GUAAAAUAGGAUUUCCUGGGUUAAAUUUUAUCAUGACAGACUCUUGUAGAAAAUUUAGUAUUUAUGUAUUACCUGUGAGAGGUCUGAAUGUCACAGAAACUAAACCUUGCAGGAAUCACUACAAUCCUACAGACCCUAUAGAUCUUUGCAUUUUUUUCCAAAUUAUUUUCACAGCAGGGUCCACUCUUUUAUUUUUUGAUUUAAAGCUUACAUACCAGUCUUUUGAAGUAGAAGAGAGUGAAGAUUGCUCCUAUGAUGCCGUGACUGUGUAUGAAGAUAUGGGAAAAAAAGAGGAAAUUGUCAAGUCUUGUGGAUUUGCCCUGCCAGCCCCUGUUCUAAGCUCCUCUGCUAUGAUGCUGGUUGUCUUCCACUCUGAUGAAACAGAGACCUUUGGAGGAUUCAGAGCUACAGUCUCCUUUGUUCCUGUAUCAGAUUUAAAUAUUUUGAAUUCAACUAAAGAAGAGUUUGAAAACAUGAAUGUUACUGAGGAAGAAAUAAAGGUUACAACAGAGGAUGUUUGUGGAAUGCCCUCCAAUCAGCCCAGGUUCCUCCUCAGCAGGAUAACUGGAGGUGAAGAAGCCGUGCCCUACUCGUGGCCUUGGCAGGCCAGUGUACAAAUUGCAGAGGAGCACAUCUGUGGAGGAGCAGUCCUUGCCCGAGAAUGGGUUGUCACAGCUGCCCACUGCCUCCACUCCAGGGAAGCAUACAGAGACUUAUGGAUGGUGGUAACAGGACUACACGAUCUUACAGAGCAAGAGUACAGACAGAAAAGGCCAGUCAAGCAGCAUUUCAUACACCCAAGUUUUAACGAGAGCACUCUGGACUGUGACAUUGCCCUGCUGCAGCUGGCUGAGCCCUUGGAAUUCAGCCCCUCCGUGCUCCCAGUGUGUCUCCCUGCCGAGCAGGAGGUGCUGCAGCCCUCCAGGACGUGUGUGGUCACAGGGUGGGGUGCACCUGAAGCAGACAGAGAAAAGGGGAAAAAACUGCAGCAGCUGGAAGUCCCCAUCCUGGCACCUGACAUAUGUCAGAGCUAUUACAUAAACCUUCCCAGUAAAGUGACCCAGGGGAUGAUCUGUGCAGGAUUCCCUCUGGAGGAAGGCAAGGACUCAUGCACAGGUGAUUCUGGAGGCCCAUUGGUUUGUCCUGCAGAAGACAACUCGGGGUUUUACACCCUCCAUGGAAUUACUAGCUGGGGUUUGGGAUGUGGAAGGAAGAACUACCCAGGAGUAUACACCAGUGUUGGUUUUUUUGUUGACUGGAUCAAGAAGAAUAUUAAUAGUAGUGAUCUCCCCAUUUUCAUUGUGUGAGUGCUAAAAGAACAGUUCUGAUGGAUCCUGUUGUAAAACAAUCCCAAAGCACAAAUGUCACUGGAAACAAAAUUUGGUGGGAGUAUGGAGGUUUUUGACUGAUGAACAGAUUCCAGAGUAGCUGGUACUUACCCUGGGGAAUUCACUGUUGAUUUAUUUACCUGAACAGAGACUCUGGCUUUCCACGUGUGUUGGAGCAGUCACAAGUUACCUGCAGGCUUCUGACACUCUGUUAAUCCAUCAAAAGAUGGAAAAUAAACCACAUGAGCCAAGCAUGUCCUUGAAUGUAGUGCUGGUGUGUAUAGAAAUACUGCAGGAUAUUUUUAAUGCAGUUUCUGGUUUCACAAGUUGUGUGGUGUUUGAACAAAAGUGUUUUAAAAGGAAGGUGUUACAGGCCAAGUGACCAUUCAAGAACUGAGAGCUAUCCUAAUUAAUCUAGGUAUUAACUUGUACAAAUUAACAUUUGCUUAAUGUCCAAAAGGCUGCUUAUACAGAAAUCUGUGGUGACAGGCUCCAAUUAGCUUUGCAGACCCUUGUGCUCUCAGCUUUAGUGUUUAAAACUAGAUUAGUAGGGUACUACAAUAGGUGGCACAAGAAUAAUCAUCCUUUGACUCAAUGGUCCAGAUAAUAACUAGAAGGUAAAUACCUCACUUAGUUUUUGUUGAUAUUAAUGGCAAAAAUAUUUAGAGAGUUUUUCCCAUACAGCAUUUUAUUGCUAGUUACCCUCCUUUUUAAUUAUAUUAGUUUUGAACUUUGGUUCUUUGGGUUUUUUUUAAACUUUUAAUUUUAUUCUGUAGUUGGGGAAAUAGUAAUCUCACUGACUCUAUUCUUUAUGGAUAAAGUAAACACAUUUCACCACUUUCUACUCUUCACUGUAAAGUUGAGGCAAAAACCCACAAAAUACUGAUCAUGAGUUUUUUGUGAAGGUAUGAAAAUUCUUAACAGUGGAAGGAUUAUGAGAUUCAGUGACCCAGAUUAAGAGCUGGGUUGCAUUAUUAGAGUACGUGUGUCCUAUCUUUGCUAAACUCUGUGAAGAGAUCUUCAGAGAGAAAUGGAGGGAAAAUAUCCUUUGCAAAUUUUUAUUAGAAGCCUGUUAAUGUUUGAUUGUGGUGGAAGUUGCCAUUAGCUGACUGUAUCAGUUUAUGCUGGGAGCAGAUGUGUAUUAUCUCUUGGUUGCUAUUCUGUUUUGCUUAACAGGAACACAGUGACUUUUUCCUGUAUAUUAAUUUAAGACAAGGAUUUCAAGUGGAAAAGCAAAAAGUGUGGGGAGAGCUACAGAUGAUAUCAGCUGUGA